AUGACUUCGUCGCAAGAUGUCGCAUACUCCGCUCUGACAACAUUCCACCAAAAGCCGCCACCAAAAGCCGCCACCAAAAGCCAGCAUAUCAAAUUAACGCUCGUUGUUGCCAUACUAUCCGCUGCAAAUGCCCUUGUUGCCGCUCGAAUCUUUGAGCAGCGCGGCGGCGAACCACACGCAAUAACUAUCGAUCUUCGCAAAUCUCACAACUAUAUCGACCCGGAUAUCGGCAUGACACCAUCUAUCAAUGGACAAGAGAUUCCACACGACGUGGUCGUCGGUAACCCUUUCCUGCGAAACAUCUUCCAGACGAAAGAUGGAAGACAUGUGGUUAUCUCGGCCGUGUACGUCGAUCUGGUCUACAAGUGGACAGCAUUUCUUGGGUGUUCAGUACUGGAAUCAAGCGUCAGAGGGACUGUAAAGAAUUGGAACAGCAAUGAUCUCGAGGAAGCUGCUGACAAGGCGGGUUUGCCGCUCGCAUUGGUCCAAUCUGAAGACGCCUGGUUGACAACAGCACACGGAAAGCACAUUUCCGAUUCGACCAUAGUUCCGAUCAAAAGAGCUACAAACUCUUCAUGCAAAGAGCUUUCUCAUAAUCUGCGUCGCCCACUUGAAGGAGUCAAAGUGCUGUGUUGCACACAUGCCAUCGCAGGUCCAUCCGCAGGACGAACAGAACACGGCGCCUCCAUCUUACAAGUCAUGUUCACUCAUGGCUUUGAGCAUAGCUUCGUCUACACGUACGCAAACCUUGGAUGUGCAUCGACUCGACUGAAUCUGCACAAAGCUGAAGAUCGCGAAAGGCUUUGGAACCUUAUCAAGGACGCAAACGUCUAG